UAGAACGGCAGCAAGUGUUGUGAUGCGUUAGAUAGGAGGACGUCUCGGUAUCCUGUAUGCUGAAGGACGGGUUUUACGGUAGACGAUUAAGGAAGCCGGAAUCGCUUUUCCACGGGAAACCGGGCCCGUCGGUUGGUGCUGUUGCAGAUGCUCCCUUUGCUCACAUGCUGUCUUUUGCAUUGGACCACCACGUAAGCCGUUUCGGUCGCUAUGUGUAUCUCUGCGUGGAUGUGUUAGAGAGAGUAGCGGAGUACGAUGGAAGAAUCGUUUGGGAUGUAUUGAUGACAGACCUAUGGGGUGAUUUGAGGUUGUUGAAGAAUGUUUGUUCCCAGAUCUCUUAAAAUCAAGAGGAAUGCUGUUGAUGACGAGUGCUGUGUAUCUAAGAAAAACAAAUCCUCCCACAAUGAAUCUGCAUCUGAAAAGGCUACAGAACUCAGAGAUUCCAAAUCUGACAUAAAAGAUGUAGCAACUGUUGAGGCUGAUUCAUUGAAAUCAAUAGAAGGACACACUGUGCCACAGAUAUUUUUAGAUUCAGCUCUGGCUCUUACUGAAUCAGAGUUAGGAAACAAUGAGGGCUGUUGUGCUACAGAAGAACCCAUAAAAUCUUUCAGUAAAACUCAGCGCUGGCCACAAUCUGGGGAACCUGUAUGUGUGGUCUGUGGUCGGUAUGGGGAGUACAUUUGUGACAAGACUGAUGAAGAUGUCUGUAGUUUGGAAUGUAAAGCCAAGCACCUUUUACAAGUCAAAGGGGAAGAGGAAAGCUCAAAACCUACUAAGAAUGAAAAAGCCAACUCUCAGCCUAUCUUCCUUGAUGCUGCUUAUGCGUAUGAAGAGAAUGAAUUUCUGUUAAGCCUUCAGGAUGAGCAGAUUGAAAGUUUAAAGCAGCAGCUGGGCAUCACUGUUCAAGGGCAAGGAGUUGCAAGACCAAUUGUUGAGUUUGGACAUUGUGGCUUCCCAGAAAUUCUCAGCGGCAAUUUAAAAAAAGCAGGCUAUGAAGUCCCAACCCCUGUCCAGAUGCAGAUGAUUCCAGUUGGGUUGCAGGGCAGGGAUAUUGUGGCAACUGCUGACACAGGCUCAGGGAAAACUGCAGCUUUUCUGCUUCCAGUUAUAAUUAAAGCUUCAGAAGAGACAAACACUCUGUCCGCUCUUAUUCUGACACCAACAAGAGAAUUAGCUAUACAGAUAGAGAAGCAAGCUAAAGAGCUCAUGAUUGGUCUACCAAAUAUGAGAACUGUUCUUCUGGUUGGAGGAUUGCCUUUACCACCACAGCUUCAUCGCCUGAAGCAAAAUGUUAAGGUGAUCAUAGCAACACCUGGAAGGCUCCAAGAAAUUCUAAAGCAAUGCUCUAUUCAACUUCACAAUAUUAAAAUUGUUGUCAUUGAUGAGGUUGAUACCAUGCUAAAGAUGGGCUUCCAGCAGCAGGUGUUAGAAAUUUUGGAAAAUAUUCCCAAUGAUCAUCAAACCAUUUUGGUGUCAGCCACCAUGCCUUUGAGCAUCGAACAGCUGGCAAACCGGCUUUUGCAAAAUCCAGUGAAAAUAACAGUUGGAGAAAAGAAUCUGCCAUGUUCCAGUGUUCGCCAGAUUAUUUUGUGGAUAGAAGAGCCUUCCAAAAAGAAAAAGCUUUUUGAAAUAUUAAAUGAUAAGAAACUCUUUAAGCCUCCAGUACUGGUAUUUGUGGAAUGUAAAUUGGGUGCCGAUCUUCUGAGUAAUGCUGUUCAUAAAAUCACAGGUUUACAGUCAACAUCAAUGCACGCUGAGAAAUCACAAUCAGAAAGAACUGCAAUAUUACAGGGAUUAUUGCAAGGGAAAUAUGAAGUUGUAGUAAGCACUGGAGUCCUUGGGCGUGGACUUGACCUUGUCAAUAUUAAGCUGGUUGUGAAUUUUGACAUGCCAUCUAGCAUGGAUGAAUAUGUACACCAGGUUGGAAGAGCAGGUCGGCUGGGUCACAGUGGAACUGCAAUUACAUUUAUUAAUAAUAACAGCAAGAAACUUUUUUGGGAUGUGGUAAAGCGAGUUAAACCAACUGGCACUAUUCUCCCACCUCAGUUAUUAAAUUCUCCGUAUUUACAUGACCAAAAGAGGAAAGAACAGCAGAAGAGCAAAGAAUCUCAGAAUGAUUUUGUAACUGGGGAUAAUCUUAUGGACAUUAUUAGAAAACAUGAUAAAAGUUCUUCUCAAAAGUAACAAGCUAUAUAUAACCAUUUUAUGUUAACUUGUUUUAUAUGUGAAAUUUUAAUCAAUUUAUAUGGAUGUGCUUCAAUAAAAACAAGCAUUUUGUAGCCCCAUUAAUUCAAA